AAUAGUUGCUAAAAUACAGAGGAUUUGUCUUCAAUAUGAUCGCUGCAUGAUGUUUAUGGAGCAUAUAGUUAAGGAGAGCAAACAUUAUGAAAGUCUGGGAUUAAGUGCCAAUCGUAUUUUAGAAAAGGUCAAAGAGAGACUUGGAAUUUUGCUGAAAAAUACUAAAGAACAGAAUAUUUCUAUUGAGCAGGACCUCGAAUGGUUUCAACAAAGACUCUUUGACAUUUAUGUCACCAGCAAUCUAUACAGAUGGAAGACCAUUCAGACACCAAAAAUAACCAAAAAUAAAUUUCGGCCUCUUUAUCCAAUAUUGUCAUCGUAGAGGAGGGAGUGAUGACAUAUUCCCACCAUUGUAAGAUAAUAAGUUUAGUAACAAGAGACAGUGACAGAAUUGAUGUCUAUUGUCCAUCUUCUGUGACCAGUUUCACAAGAAUCAAUGAAGACAUGGUUCUGGCAACCCUCCCCUUCCAAGAAACGAUUCUUAUUAUCAGCCCCAAAACCUUUAAAAUCAAAAGGAUACAGUUGGGUUUACAUAUGGUGAGUUACUUGGAAGAUUCUACACUUAUAGGUGUAGAAAUGUUUGGUAAGACUGUUUACCAAUUUGAUUGGGAGGAUAAUACCAUUAACUAUCAAUUUAUUACCAAAGAAACCCCUACAGAUAUUGCUGUAGGGGUCCAGAAUAUACUUGUAAUUACAUUCGCCAGCAUCAACAGAGUAAUCUGUUACAAACUGGAUGGCCAACAGUUAUGGGAGGUAGAGACCCAUUCUCUGCACCUCCCAAGUAAAAUCUCUCUCUACCAAAAUUAUUUCUAUGUCCUCCAGGGACAAAUAAUUUAUAGAAUUUCAGCUAAAGGUGGUGUAACAAGGAGGGACAUUGGCAGGAAAUGCCGCUCUAUUUCUGUUGGUAAAGAUACCAUUUUGGUAACAGAUUAUUGCGGCAAACCACAUGGUAUUCAAAUGAAUAAAGACUUUUGGCCCAAAUUGUCAUACAACCACCAGCUACAUACCCCCAGUUUAAAAGACUAUAUUGAUAUUGAGGACUGCUACAACAUUACAAAUAUUCUACCUAUGUCUACAUCUUCUAUAUUAAUAAUUUACAAAAACAAGAAAGCUAAAUUAUUCACUGAUAACGGGGAAAUAAUUAACCAAAAUAAUUCAGUUUUCCUUCAGCUUCCUUCUUUCUGUUGUAGAAUAAACGCAAACAGAUUCCUGGUAUUUUAUUGUGAAAAGAAAGGGUUUCAGUAUAUCACAUGUCCUGAACUAAGAAAAGGCCCUUUAAUAAAGGUGCAAACUGGUUACAUGAAAAUAUGUCAUAUUGUAUCAAAUAAGUGUCUGGCUGUGACCACCACUGAAAACAAAAGCGAGGUCCAUAUCCUCUUGAUCCACAAAUAUAAAGUUGACAUUGCAGAAAGAAUUUCUCUUGGACAUCAUAAUGUCAGCAUUGCUGCAACUCCAAUUAAUUUUGUAGUCGUAGAUGGAAGCGAAAAUAAAAUGGUAUUUUAUUCCACAUGUGGAGAAAAACUUUUUCAAAAAUACCUUCCAUUCUAUGGCUACCCUCAUCACAUCUACUCUGAUAAUGUUUAUAUCUAUGUCCUCUCCAGGAGACACUCUAUUCUCAGAUGUUACGAUCUAUAUGGACAAAUGAAAUGGCAGUGGGAACUGCCUUUCCCUGUUCACCCUGACAUUGCUGUUUUCCAAGGAACACUUUAUGUCCCGGACACUCAACUCAACAGGGUUCUUCUUUACAAGUAUCAAGACCGGUCGUCUGGCUGUCGUUUACCCACGAAAAAUCCUUAUAUCAGAAAUCUAAAUCUACGACUCAAAGAAAAGGAGAAUGACCAAAAACUUGUCAUUGGUGAAAUAUGUAAUCUGGCCAAUGGACAGUUGGUGGUGUCUGACAUCAAUCAUGAUUGCUUGUUGUACAUUUCUCAGGGAGGAGACAUUGUGUCCAGAUUAUCUCUGCCGUCUACAGCCACAGAUAUAUGUCGAUGGGAUUUUAAUCAUAUAGGGGUCACAUUACCCCUACAGAAACAAUUAAGGGUCAUCGGAAACCUAUCAAAGAGAGUGAGAAGUGUAUCAUUAGGGCAGCCUUAUGUACGGAUGUGUAAGAUGGGUGAAUGUGAAAUUGUUUGUUAUUGUGAUAAACCAUCACAUUUAGAUAUUUUAGCCAUCAAUAAUUAUAAUCAAGUUCAAGUAAUUAAGACAAUUAAUAUCCCUGUGUUUGUGAAAUCAUUAUCAAUAGACAAGAAAACAGAAAAGCUAUUAAUUGUUACUAGGGGAAAAGCUUUUCAGUACAACACUAGAAUAGGUGGUGGUGGUCAUGGCAGCACACAUCGUCAGAGUGGUGGAAGUGAUGGUAGUAUUAGUAGUGGUGAUGGUAGUAUUAGUAGUAGUGAUGGUAUGGUUUCCAGUGAUUCAGAGUCCGAAACAGAAGCUUUCUUCAAGGACAUUAGUGGUGGUGGUCAUGGCGGUCGUCAGAUGGUCCCCAGUGUUUUAAUGUCCCAAGUGAAACGUCCCCUCAGUCUCCAAGGUGGAUCUAUUGACCAAACGUCUGUUUAUCUGAUAGACAGAAGCCGUAUGUUUGACCUGACAGUUUCUGAUAAAGCCAGACAUAUUCCUCUCCCUAAACAUUUGGGAGACAAAGAACCAGCGGAGAUUAAUCGUUUGGUUCUUACUGAAAAUAAUCUGAUUGCAGGAUAUGACAGGAAGAACGGAAACAUUAAGAUAUUCACAUUGGAUGGUCAGCUUUUGGAUUCAAUCAAAGUGAAUGUUUAUGAUUAUAUUAAAAUGUGUCGAUGGCAGUCAAACACACUGGUCAUUAAGAAUAGGGAUCGUUUAAAGAAACACCAACUGUUGACAUUAAAAGUGGAAUUUCCACUGUUGUUGGCAGACGACCAACAACAACAACAAUAA